AUCGAAUUAAAACAAAAUAAAAUUGGGUUUCGUAUAAGGAGCUACAAGAUUAUGUUGCUUCGUCCAUCGAUGCUCUGAUUACGGCAUUAUAACCCAAGGCGGAGCAUUUUAUUAGUUAUAUACCGUUAGGUACAAUAUUGAAGCUCUUAACAACAUCUUGUUCUUUGUCAGUUAAUCUGACGGUUGAGAUUGGAAAGUCUCCUCCAAGUCCUCCUCUUCUCUUACUAGAGGACUGGUAGGUGGUAGCUGAGCUAGGUGCUUUUGGAAAAGUUGUUUUCAGUUUCUCCCUCUUUUAUCCCUUUGUCUUUCUUCCUUUCUUCCAUCCUCUCCUCCUUCCCUCUCUUCGUUUUCCCUGCAAGACUUCUUCAUCUUCAACGCAUCAGAUCGGUUAAUAUGGGAACCAGAUACAAAACUACCGUGGUCGCUCUUUUCCUUUCGUUCCUUUUGUUUCCUCUGGUCUUCUCUGCUUCUAAUGAUGGGCUGCUUAGAAUCGGACUGAAGAAACGGAAAUUCGAUCAGAAUAACCUGCUUGCUGCUCGACUUGAGUCCGAGGGAGGGGAGCCUCUGAAAGCUUCCAUUCGGAAGUAUCGUCUCCGUGGAAACCUUGGAGAUUCUGGUGACACUGAUAUGGUGUCGCUGAAAAACUACAUGGAUGCUCAGUAUUUCGGAGAGAUUGGUGUUGGUACCCCUCCUCAGAAGUUCACUGUGAUAUUUGACACUGGCAGUUCUAAUCUGUGGGUACCCUCUGCCAAGUGUUACUUCUCGGUCGCUUGUUAUUUCCAUUCCAAGUACAAGUCUAGCCAAUCAACCACCUACAAGAAAAAUGGGAAAUCUGCUGAGAUUCACUAUGGGACUGGAGCUAUUGCCGGUUUCUUUAGUGAAGACACUGUGAAAGUUGGUGACCUCAUUGUUAAAAACCAGGAAUUCAUUGAGGCAACAAGAGAGCCCAGUAUCACAUUUUUGGUAGCCAAGUUUGAUGGCAUACUUGGACUUGGAUUUCAAGAGAUUUCAGUUGGGAAUGCUGUCCCUGUUUGGUACAACAUGGUUAAUCAAGGUCUUGUUAAAGAACCUAUUUUCUCAUUUUGGUUCAACCGAAAUGCACAAGAAGAAGAAGGGGGAGAACUUGUGUUUGGUGGAGUUGAUCCAAAUCAUUUCAAGGGCACACAUACGUUUGUUCCAGUGACCCAGAAAGGCUAUUGGCAGUUCGAUAUGGGUGAUGUCCUGAUUGGUGGUAAAACAACUGGAUUCUGUGCUGGUGGUUGUUCAGCUAUUGCUGAUUCUGGAACCUCUUUGUUGGCGGGUCCAACGACAAUUAUUACUCAAAUCAACCACGGCAUUGGAGCUACUGGGGUUGUUAGCCAGGAAUGCAAGGCAGUUGUUGCACAAUAUGGGGAAACGAUAUUAGAGCUGCUAUUAGCUGAGACACAACCAAUGAAAGUAUGUUCCCAGAUUGGUUUAUGUACUUUUGAUGGGACUCGAGGUGUUAGUACUGGCAUUGAGAGUGUGGUAGAUGAGAAGAAUGGCAAAUCUUCUGGUUUCCUGCAUGAUGCCAUGUGCUCUGCUUGUGAGAUGGCUGUUGUGUGGAUGCAAAAUCAGCUUAGACAAAACCAAACACAGGAUCGUAUAUUGAGCUAUGCCAAUGAGCUCUGUGAUCGUUUGCCUAGUCCAAUGGGAGAAUCUGCUGUUGAUUGUGAUAAACUAUCUUCCAUGCCUGUUGUUUCUAUUACUAUUGGUGGUAAAGUGUUUGACCUCACUCCCGAGGAGUACAUCCUCAAAGUGGGUGAGGGACCUGUAACUCAGUGCAUCAGUGGAUUUACAGCUUUGGAUGUUCCUCCUCCUCGUGGACCUCUUUGGAUCCUGGGAGAUGUCUUUAUGGGCCGUUACCACACCGUAUUCGACUACGGCAAUAUGAGGGUUGGAUUUGCAGAAGCGGCAUAAGUUGAUCUGGCUCUUCCAUGCCCCUCCUUGACUUGUCCUAUUCUCUUCCCUGCUGUCAUAUAUUACCAUUACCAUGCGAACUUGAAAAAACAGGCCGUCUCAUCAAACACUAGCCCACCAGAGACAUGGUGGCCUUGAACUAGGAUCUUAGUGUUUGUAAAUAUUUUCAGGCGUGAUAGUUGUGUUUAUAAAAUCUAAAGACCUACAUUGCCACACUUGCUUGCUCUUUUGUGUAUUCUAUUAUGUCGUCAGCUCUGUUUCUCCUAUACAUGCAUCUGAUUAUAUUUCAUUACCA